AAACAACUGUGGAAAGGGUUGACGUUCUGAGAGCUUUUGGAUUUACAUUUGUGUCCUCUUAUGAAAAAUAGUGAUGGAAACUUGAAAACAAAGAGAAGUGUUUUUGAGCUGCGAAAUAAGGCGGCCUGCCUGAGGACUGAAUCACUAUGCGGUAGCGCUUUGUGCGCUCUUCCCGGUGAUGGGAGGGGAGUUUGGCCGGGUUGGGCAUCGGAUUCUGCGAGCCUACACCAGCCCCGCCAUGCUCCGAGGCAACCUGACCACCGGCUUCGGCCCGACGAGCCGGCCGCCCUCCCGGGGAUGCGAAAAUGGUGCACUUAUGGACGACUUUGGCAUCUUCCUACAGGGGCUGCUGGGGGUGGUGGCCUUCAGCACACUAAUGUUAAAACGCUUCAGGGAGCCUAAGCACGAAAGACGUCCUUGGAGAAUUUGGUUUUUGGACACGUCGAAACAAGCAAUUGGAAUGCUUUUCAUACAUUUUGCCAAUGUUUACUUGUCGGAGCUGACAGAGGUGGAUCCCUGUUCACUGUACCUGAUUAACUUCCUGCUAGAUGCCACGCUGGGGAUGCUGCUCAUCUAUAUAGGUGUGCGCCUGGUCAGCAGUGUAGUCGAGUGGCAGCGAUGGGAAUCACUUCGGUUUGGAGAGUAUGGUGACCCAUUGCAGUGCAGUGCCUGGGUGGGACAGUGUUCUCUUUAUAUCCUGAUUAUGAUGUUUGAGAAAGUGAUGAUCAUCCUUGUUCUCCUCAUUCCUCAGUGGAAGAAGCUGGCACUCCUUAAUCCCAUUGAAAACCCACAGUUGGAGCUCGCCAUUGUCAUGCUCAUUGUCCCCUUCUUUGUCAAUGCCUUGAUGUUCUGGGUGGUAGACAACUUUCUAAUGAAGAAGGGCAAAACAAAAGCUAAACUUGAAGAAAAGGUGGGUGCAGAUGACUCUCGAAAUGGAAGUAAAGUCCGCUACCGCCGGGCACAUUCCCAUGAGGAGUCAGAGUCUGAGAUCCUGAUUUCAGCAGAUGAUGAAAUGGAGGACUCGGAAGGAGAAGAAGAUAGAAGGCGGCUCACAAGUCUGAAGAGUGUGAAGAAGAAAAAACAUCGACUUGGUUUGCCCCAAGGUGGAGUAAAGAAAAAGAAGAGGCCACCUAUGAAAGAGGAGGACAUUAAAGGUGCGAAGGAUAAGCUGGGACUGAAGGGAGAAGUGAAGUCCAAGACCUAUGAAGUCAUGAAAGAAUGUGAGCAAGCAGGAACUGUGGCCCCCUCCGUGUUCAGUGCCGCCAGGAAGGGGAGUGAGACGGUCUUUGAUAAACCCAAGGACAAGCCUGCCAAGAGUGUAUUUGGAAACUAGCUGACCUCCCCCUGGAUGUCCAGAACUGACAUCCAAAGUAAGAAUGGCCAGCACAAUCUCCGGCAUUCUCACCCAUAAACCGCGAGGAUCUCAGGCAAAAUGGAUGGAGGACCUCCAUGCACAACCUGCUUUAGUUGCUUAUUUCUGGCUUUCUGAAGGACUCCCUACAAGGUUGGGUUAGGGAUGGGGAUGGGGGGCUUUGGUUUUAUAGCUACACAUGCUUUUACCUUGCUAUCAUAAUGGAAGCAUUUUUUAUUUAAAGUAGAAAAUCCUAAAUGAAUGGUCUUUGUUUUUUUGCCAAAGCCACAAGUCACUACUGGUAUUCAUGAGGUCUGCUAGUGACACGAGACCCCAGCGUCAGGUGCAUUGAUUUGGGGGGUUGGGGGCUGAGCAGUGUGACGUGGCACCUAGUGUGGCCUGGUGGUGCAGGUCACUGCUUCUGUCCAUCACCUGCUGGAAUGCUACCACUGGGCAGCUUCAUAUAAAGUGGGAAAUACAAAAGGGGACAUCUUUUAUUCUUUGCAUUGUUUAAUAAAUUUCUUUCUUGAUUUUG